AUGAAGAAUAAAAAAACAGAAUUCGGAGCUAAACAUCAUGGAUCUGAAUUAAUGCAUACGAGAAGUUUGAAAUUGAAUUACAAUUAUAAUACAAAACUGAGCAAAGGAAGUGUGAGGAUUCAAAUUCCUAAAACGGUGCCUAUAGUGAAUGACACAUAUGAAAUACGCAGCAUCGACUCGAGACAUUGUGGGCGUGCUCACGAUGCAUCAAUAUGGCAGUUGAGUGAUGCCAGGGAAUACAUUUCCAGAAAGAUCGUCAGAAACAGUCAUCUAUGGCUGCUGGGUGACAGUGGAUAUCCACUGGAGCCUUGGUUACUGGUGCCAUUCAGGAAUCCUGAAACUCUUGGCUUAGUAAAAGGAAGAUGGCGUUGCAUGAAGCUGGAGAGGAGUCUCCACUAUGGACCUGAAAAAGUCUCAAAAAUGGUGAAUUGCUGUGCAGAAUUGCAUGACUUUUGCCUAAGAAUGAACCAACAUAGAUAUCUUACUGAGUCUCUAGGCGGGGAUGCAGUAAUUGAUGAAAAUGAAUGCGAAAUAGUCCAAAAUGAGAUGUUUCAUCUCUCGGAGUCUCGGAGAUGAAAACGGUUUGUAUUGCAUAGAAAGAAUUUUGUAAUAAAAGAUGUAAAUUGUA